AUGAAGACCAUCCUAGUCCUUGCGGCCCUUGUGGCAGUGCUCUUCGCAAAAACGUUCAAGAUGGAGACUAGAUCUGCUGGAUCACUUCGUGCCAGGCUGAUCGCUGCCAACCUCUACCACAAAUUCCUCGAGGAAGAACAUUUGCGAAGAGCUCAAAUCCUUGCCACCGGAUCACAGCCAUUCAUUGACUACUAUGAUGACUUCUACCUUGGAAAUGUCACACUUGGAACCCCUCCCCAAACCACCACCCUCGUUUUGGAUACCGGAUCUUCCAACUUGUGGGUAAUUGAUGCAGCUUGCAAGACUGCCGCCUGCAAUGGUGAGCCAAACAGUGGCUACACCAAGCACAAGUUCGACACCACCAAGUCGUCCACUUUCAAGAAGGAAACUCGUACUUUCUCGAUCCAGUACGGAUCUGGAUCGUGCAAUGGAUACCUUGGCACUGAUACCAUCACUAUGGGAGGACUUACUGUCAAGACCCAAGAAUUCGGUGUUGCUACUCAUCUCGCCGAAGUUUUUGGCUAUCAGCCAGUAGAUGGAAUUCUUGGUCUUGGAUGGCCCGCUUUGGCUGUUGACGCGGUCGUUCCACCAAUGCAAAACCUGCUUUCAACCCUUGAUCAACCUCUCUUUACCGUAUGGAUGGACAGAAAGCUGACCCUCAGCAGUGGUGGAAACGCUGGACUUAUCACUUACGGAGCCAUCGACACCACCAAUUGCCAAAAGCAAGUGAACUACGUUCCCCUUUCCGCUGAGACCUACUGGCAGUUUCCCAUCACCGGAUUUUCCAUUGGAGGCUUUUCUGAGAACAAGAGAGAUCAGGUCAUCUCUGACACCGGUACCUCAUGGAUCGGAGCCCCAACCUCCGUCAUCAACGGCAUAGUCAAGCAGACCGGAGCCGUGUAUGAUAACCUCAACGAACUCUACACCGUCGCAUGCUCGGCUCAGAAAACCCUACCUGACCUUGUUUUCACCAUCAAUGGUGUGACCUACAACGUCCCAUCCGUCGAAUACGUGCUUGACCUCCAGCUAGGAAAUGGAAAGUGCGCGUUGACCUUCUUCAGCAUGGGCGCUGGAGGUUUUGGACCAACCUGGAUUCUUGGAGACACCUGGAUUCGAACUUACUGCAACAUCUACGACAUUGGCCAGAAGCGGAUCGGUUUCGCCAAGGCUAUCCACUCUGGUCUCUAA